AUGCAGUUCACCAAGUCCAUUCUGCUCCUCGCAGGCCUCGCUACCAGCACCUUCGCUGUUCCCCAUCCCCAUGGUUUCCAGCGCCGCCAGGCCAGCGCCACCACCGCCCCUGCUUCUUUUGCUUCAUCUUCUUCUUCCGACUCUGCCUGGACGAGCCUCCCCGCCUCCGGUGCCGCAUCUACCGCUGGAUUCGGCGCCACCACUGGCUCCUCCGGUAGCGACGUGACCUACUCCGGUAACGUUGGCAACCCUUACGGCUCCAACAUCAUCCAAGUCUCUGCCUCCGAGGCCAACCAGUACAAGUACGUCGCCCAGUUCCAGGGUCAAAACACCGACGACUGGACUGUCGUCAUCUGGAACAAGUAUGGUCCCGAUGGCACGAUGGACGGCUGGUACGGUAACGCCUGCCAGAGCUUCACCCUGUCUCCCGGCGCCACCGUCUACAUCGCCUUUGACGAUGACUCCCAGGGUGGCUGGGCCGCCGCCGAGGGCUCGUCGAUCCCCACUGACUCCAACGGUGGCUACGCUGCCACCUGGGGUGAGUUCGACUUUGGCUCCACCACCAACAACGGCUGGUCUGGCUUCGAUGUCUCCGAGAUCCAGGCGGUCAACGCUGGCUUCUCUGUCCAGGGUAUGAAGAUCUGCGAUGCUAUCGGUGGAACCUGCUCUUCCAUCACUACUGGUGGUGGCAGCGUGGACAACGCCUACACCCCCGCCGAGACUGCCGUGGGUGGCAUCGGUGGCAACCUGCCCUCUGGCAACGGCGUUCGUCUGGCUGUCACCAUUGACUACAGCGGCUAA